UACGGGCCUGCUCCUCUGCCCCCGUCGCUCUUGAAGUCUGCUCCGCUGACGCCAUGAGGGAGAUCGUGCACUUGCAGGCCGGGCAGUGCGGGCAGAUUGGUGCCAAGUUCUGGGAGGUGAUCAGCGACGAGCGUGGCAUCGACCCCACCCGCACGUGCAAGUACGUUCCCCGCGCUGUGCUAGUGGACCUGGAGCCGGGCACCAUGGACUGCGUGCGCUUGGGGCCCUUUGGGCAGAUCUUCAGGCCCGACAACUUCGUUUUCGGCCAGAGUGGUGCUGGGAAUAACUGGGCCAAGGGGCACUACACGGAAGGCGCGGAGCUGGUUGACUCAGUGCUGGAUGUCGUGAGGAAGGAGGCGGAGAGCUGUGAUUGCCUCCAGGGUUUCCAGCUGACCCACUCCCUGAGUGGGGGGACUGGGUCUGGGAUGGGUACCCUCCUCAUCAGCAAGAUCCGGGAGGAGUAUCCAGACAGGAUCAUGAACACCUUCAGUGUGGUGCCCUCCCCCAAAGUGGUGGAGCCCUACAAUGCCACCCUCUCAGUCCACCAGCUUGUAGAGAACACAGAUGAGACCUAUUGCAUUGAUAACGAAGCCCUCUAUGACAUUUGCUUCAGAACCCUAAAGCUGACGACACCCACUUAUGGUGAUCUGAAUCACUUGGUCUCUGCUACCAUGAGUGGGGUUACCACCUGUCUGCGAUUCCCUGGCCAGCUCAAUGCUGACCUUCGGAAGUUGGCUGUGAACAUGGUCCCCAACCCCCGCCUGCACUUCUUCAUGCCUGGUUUUGCCCCCCUGACCAGCCGGGGCAGCCAGCAAUACCGGGAACUGACCGCGCCAGAGCUUACCCAGCAGAUGUUUGAUGCCAAGAACAUGAUGGCUGCCCGUGACCCCCGCCACGGCCGGUACCUGACAGUGGCUGCUGUGUUCAGGGGCCUCAUGUCCAUGAAAGAGGUGGACAAACAGAUGCUUAACGUUCAGAACAAGAACAGCAGCUGCUUUGUUGAGUGGAUCCCCAACAACGUGAAGACGGCUGUCUGUGACAUUCCACCUCGAGGGCUAAAAAUGUCGGCCACCUUCACUGGCAACAGCACGGCCAUCCAGGAGCUGUUCAAGCGCAUCUCAGAGCAGUUCACGGCCAUGUUCCGGCGCAAGGCCUUUCUGCACUGGUACACCGGCGAGGGCAUGGACGAGAUGGAGUUCACGGAGGCUGAGAGCAACAUGAACGACCUGGUGUCUGAGUACCAGCAGUACUAGGACGCCACGGCCGAGGAGGAGGGCGAGUUUGAGGAGGAGGCAGAGGAGGAGGUGGCCUAGAGCUGGCUCAGCAGCUAACGCGUGGGAGCAGUGUGAACUCUUUAUUCACUCACAGCCUGUCUGCUAGCCCUGUCCAUUGUACUCUUGCUGUUCUGUCUUGACAUCAUGUGUUGUACAGAUACCAUUAAAGCAUUUUCAUAGUGAAAAAAAAAA